AUGGAAAUGAACUAUAAAGAAAAGCGGGGCUCCUCAAGACUUUUGCAGGCUGUGAUAGUGAUAGAUGUAGCGGUUCUGAAUGACAGGAAGGAGGAACACGAGAAGGUUGAGAAAUACCAGAAACCUCAGAAAAGAGCGUAUCAGCGCUCACCGGUAGGGACAGAAAUGGCCUCAAGUGAGGGAAACACAUACAAAUUGACAUCUUUGGACAGUGACAUCAAUCAGCACUUUCAGGAUGCAAUCGAUGUGAUUCAGCAGCAUUCGAACAAUUCAUACUACGAUUCAGAUUAUUCAUAUUACGAGAAUCUGGGAAGUCACCACCAAUCACUGCAGUGUCAGAUCUCCUGUUGCCUCGUCACACACCAGUCUGAAGUCCCAACUCCUGUUUAUGACUGGAAUGACAUGGCUCAGCAGUCUUGGCCUCAGGUCAUACCCGAUGUCUCGUUGAGUCACUCGGUGCAAAAUGAAUCCCCACAUUUUUACUCCAUCUUACCACCACAAAGGAAUGGCAAAGGUCGGAAGAAGCUCAGACUUUAUGAAUACCUGCAUGAGGCUCUGAAUGACCCCAACAUGGGUGACUCAAUCCAGUGGACGGACAGCGGCAGCGGCACCUUCCACUUCAUCUCCAAAAACAAGGAGAAGCUGGCUGAGUGCUGGGGCCAGCGUAAGGGCAACCGCAAGACUAUGACCUAUCAGAAAAUGGCAAGAGCUCUGAGAAACUACAGCCGUACUGGGGAGAUCAUUAAAGUGCGCCGCAAACUCACCUACCAGUUUAACCCAGACAUCCUGCACAGGCUCGGCUCUGCACAUGUGCCCAUGCACCUGCCCCGUCACCCUCCACAGGAGGAGGCCCACACCCAGCAGCACAAUCCGUCCGAGCAGAGCUACUGCGGCUCUGCGACAGCAGACUGGCACAGCUGGUACGCUCACUAUCAGCCGCACGAAGAUUACGACCUGGCCGCAAGCUUCACCUCACACACCAAACUCUGA